CACUUUUUUCCCUCUCAAAUACGGUUUCUUUCUGGCGCUCCCAAUUCUCUCUCAAAAAUUUCUAGGGUUUCAAUAUUUAAACUCCCCCCACCUCUCUUCCGAUCUCAAUCGAUUCAACCCUCUCACAGUUCCGGCCAACCGAACCCCUUCAAUUUUCCGGCGAUGGACGUGAGGCUAACGGAGGGGGCGAUACUGAAGAUCACGACGGACGACCGUGACGGGCAGUAUAGGCCCAUCCUGCAAGUGCUCGACGUGAAGCAGAUCCACGCACAGAUCGGCGGCGGCGCGGACAAGGAGCGCUACAGGCUGGCCUUGUCCGAUGGGUCCCACACCCAGCAGGGGAUGCUGGCCACUCAGCAGAACUUCCUGGUUCGGCAGGGUCACCUCCAGAAGGGCUCCGUAGUCCGCCUCAACGAAUACACCUGCGCGCCCGUCCGAGGCCGCCAGAUCAUCAUUGUAGUCUCAUUGGAUGUGCUAGUUAAUACAUGUGAAAUCAUUGGACAGCCUGCCACAUAUUCGAAUGCACAGUCCCCAGCUACAAUACCUGGAAAUGCCCAAUCUCUUAACAGCAGUGCUCGUGUGGCGGGUCAUGAAACUAUGACUGAGGCGACUCCCCAACAACCUAGAUUGAAUCAAUCAUAUGGUGGUUCUUAUUCUGGUAGUGCUGACCCAGGAAGAUAUGCUACAAUGAGUACAGUUCCCAAUCACCCUAGACCAGAGACUGGUUCUGGUUUUGCUGGGUUAGCACCAGUAAGUGGGUCAUAUGCUGGUCAGAACACAGGUUUACGCAGCCCCAUAUCCCAGGUUCCACCUCCACUUCAAAAUUCUUAUGCUCAGCCACCUCAGCCGACUUAUCAACAGUCGCACUCAAAUUCUUAUGCCCGCCCGCCUCAGGCAACUUAUCAACAGCCACCUCCAAGUUCUUAUGCACGCCCACCUCAGCCAACUCAUCAACAGCCACCUCCAUUAUAUAGUAAUAGAGGACCAGUUGCCAAAAAUGAAGCUCCUGGUAUAAUAGUACAAAUUUGUGCUCUGAAUCGAUACCUAAAUAGGUGGACAAUUAAGGCUAGAGUGACGGCUAAAUCAGAACUCAGGUCCUACACCAAUGCACGUGGUGAGGGGAAAGUAUUUAAUUUUGAUCUUAUUGAUUCUUCUGGCGAAAUUCGUGUAACCUGCUUUAAUCCAGUGGCAGAAGAGUUCUACAAUUUGAUUGAAGUUGGUAAGCUUUACAUGAUCUCAAAGGGUAGUGUGAAGGCAGCUGUAAGGAAAUUCAACCACCUCAACAACGAGUUUGAAAUUCAAUUGGACACCACUUCAACAAUACAGUUAUGUUUUGAGGAUGAUGGCUCAAUUCCACAGCAGCGGUUCAAUUUUCGGCCAAUAAGUGAUGUUGAAGGCUUGGGGAACGACAUUAUUGUGGAUAUAAUAGGUGUGGUAACAUUCAUCAGUCCUGCCGCUUCAAUAAGGACGAAAAACGGUGAGACACAAAAGAGAACUCUCCAGUUGAAGGAUAUGUCUUGUCGUAGCGUUGAAGUAACUCUCUGGGGCAAUUUGUGCAAUGUAGAAGGGCAAAAACUUCAAAGUAUGUGUGAUUCUGGGUUAUUUCCAGUGCUAGCUGUUAAAGCUGGUAGAGUCAAUGACUUCAAUGGCAAGGGGGUGGGGACCAUGGCUACUAGUCAGCUCUUUAUAGAGCCCAAUAACUCUCAAGCUGAUGAGGUGAGGGAAUGGUUUGACAGGGAAGGAAGGAAUUCCCCAUGUGUCUCUAUCUCCAGGGGAACAGCAAGUGUGGGAAGAAAUGAUAUCCGAAAGACUAUAUCCCAGAUUAAAGAUGAGAAGCUAGGGACUUCUGAGAAGCCAGAUUGGAUCACAGUCAGUGCUACUGUCAUAUUUAUAAAGAGUGAUAACUACUUCUAUGCCGCAUGCCCGCUCAAGGUAGGGGAGCGGCAAUGCAACAAAAAGGUUAUAAAUGAUGGAGAUGGGACAUGGCGGUGUGAAAGAUGUGAGCAGUCCAUAGAACAGUGUGACUUCAGAUAUAUACUCAACUUACAGAUACAAGACCAUACUGGCAUAGCAUGGGUAACUGCAUUUCAGGAGGCUGGUGAAGAAAUGAUGGGUAUAACUGCAAAAGAUUUUCAUUAUUUGAAACAUGAAAAGCAGGAUGAAGAUAAAGUUGCAGAAAUCAUACGAAGGGUCUUGUUUACUGAAUUUGUUUUCAAGUUGAAAAUAAAGGAGGAGACUUUUAGUGAUGAGCAGCGUGUGAAAUCAACAAUUGUCAAAGCAGAUAAAGUUAGUUUCUCUUCAAAAUCUAGAUUUCAUUUAGAUCUGAUGGAUAAACUUAAAAAUGGGGAAACUGCAAUACCUUGUGCUGGGAUGAACAAUACUGAAGUGGGGAGCUCUGCAAUUAGACAACAUACACCAGCUGUGAAUGCUAGUUACAGUACCAAUGCUGCCAAUGCUGGUAGAGAGUUUGGAGCACCAGCAAAUCAAGUACAUGUUGGAAGCCAGUAUAUUAGUCCUAGGGUUCCUUCAACCGGCUCUGCUGGUUUGUAUCCUACCUGUAACAUCUGUGAAGGUACAAGCCAUAAUUCUUUGAACUGCCCAAAUGUUAUGAAUGGCCCAGGACAGUCAUCAGGAGGGGGUUACACCAAUAGUAGGCCAGUUGCCAGUAAUUCUGGUGAAUGCCAUAAAUGUCACCAACCUGGGCACUGGGCGAAAGACUGUCCUAGCUCGAACCAUCUUCCAGCUUAUGGAAGUAGUGGAGUCCAGCCGGGCAGAUAUGGAGUUUCAAAUCAAAGGGUCAGCUAUUGAAGUUGUUCAGUCACCAUCAGUUCCUAGCUGUUUGAUUUGCUUCUUAGUUCAGCUAUGUUGGAGCUGGGUGGUACUUUUGGCACUCAUUUGAAGCAGUCUUCCCAAGCUUCAGAAUCAUGCUUUUGAAAGAGAAGUUUUUUGAGUACAGGCUCUUAUCAUUUCUGUAAUAUGUCUGCUGGGGAUCUCAUUCGGGGUUAGUCAUGCAGUUGCUUUUCUUAGUGCUAGCAGUCUCGGAGCAACUUGCUCCUGUCAGGAAAUGCGUUUUGUACAAACUAUUCCGGUUGGGACAGAUGUAGAACUAGCAUAAUUUUGAAGUUACUUCCAUAAAUCUGCCGCAUUUCUGAAUCUGACUCAUGGGAUUCUAUAUUGUAUGCACAAAACUGCCACAAUCUUGAAGA